ACAAUACAGAAUGGAUUGAGAUGGAGCUGAAAAGGUUGGUGAUCUUGAUCACUCUGUACUGAUUAUAUAAUCCACCUCCCACCCUCCCUGGUCCAAACAGGUUAUUUGGCGGCUUGGCAGUAACCAGGCAGCAACCUGGGUGAUCACCCACACUAAACCCCCCCCAUCUAUCCGCUAGUUAGCGGGGUGGCAGGUUGCGGCGGGAUUACUACCCAGGCACCUCAUCCUGGUAACUUUCUGACCCCUGUCUCCUUUCCUUUCCUUCCAAUCUCGCCUCAACUUCUACAAGCCUUCUUCGCUCCGUCACGAUGUGGCAACCCGUUACUCUUCCCUUCAAGAAUGGCUCGCUGCCUCGACCCACUCUGCCUACUCCAGAUGAAAUCCGGGCCUGCACCACUAUUUUAUGGGAGCGCUCAUCCGUCAAGGUCGUUGCAGUGAAUGAUGAGAUUGUUGUCAAAUUUGGAACAAGCUUAAAUGCAUGGGAGGGACAGGCUCUAGUUUACCUCGAACGAUACGUCCCAAGUGUUCCGGCUCCCCGACUGUACGCAAUGUACCGUGAUGCUAAGCAACUCUUCCUGGUUAUGCAGCGCGCUCCAGGUGUGCCACUGAGCUCAAUUUGGCGGUCAUUGACUGAGCCCGAGAAAGAUGACAUUGUCACCAAACUCCGCAAAGCAGUUGAUACUUUGCGACAGGCGAAGAGUCCGUGGCCCGACUUUUAUGGAGGCUUGGAUGGUGGCAGUGUGCACCAUUAUUUAUUCUGGUGCCGGAAGGUUGGUGGCAAGUAUUUGGGGCCCUUCCAUGGCGAAGCUGCCUUUGUUGCAGGGCUCACAGGGAAUUACCGAGCCGCCAUUGAACGUGACGGCCUGCCAGACUUCAAAGCUCGCUUCUAUGAAACCUCCCUCCUUCACGUACUCCAAGGUCACCGGCCAACAUUGACUCACGGGGACAUUCAGCCGAAGAACAUUGUUGUCGCGGAGAAAGGCCGCAACUCUCGAGGACAGCGAUCAUUUGAUGUCAUGCUUGUCGAUUGGGAAGAAGCUGGCUGGUAUCCUGAUUUCUGGGAAUACUUCAGUGCGUUUUCCACACCCCCAUUUCUCGACUGGAGGGAUGACUGGUGCUGGCGAAUUCAUGAGUUUCUUCAAAUAUGACCCGCCGAAAUGGCAAUAAUGCGUAUGAUUGAUAAAGAUUGGCUAUAACUCAAGGGACUGGGAAGGGCCUUGGCUGCUAAAUGCGAGUAAUGAAUGGUUAGGAACUGGUAGGAGACGAAGCAGCAGCAGUCAGAGCCACUCAAAAAAGUAAUGCACAAAUAGGGAGACAGCUUAGCUCCUGUGAACCAUGAGGUCCCAAGUCCUCAGGGGCCUUCGAUCAGGGGGUCUUUGGGCGUAAUAGCGCCGUGGAGGAGUGACCAAAGUGCCCGGGGGCCCACAAGCCAGCCAGGCCAACAGUCGAUGCUCCCAAGUCCUCACAGGUCUUAGGUUGGGGGCCUAUGGACGCCGUAGGGCGCUAGAACCCUGUGAAUUCAGGCGGAGGAGCGAGGUCCGAUUUCUAAGGAAUGGCGUCGGCGGAACGGGCGCAUCGGGACCUGUACCUUGCUCCAAUGACUCAGGCCACUUGUCCAGGCCACUUUGUCUAAGGGCCUUGCGGGUCCAUGGAAUGCGGCCUUAAGGCCUGUGUGGCCUCAAGGCCGCUUGCUGGAGGCUCCAAUUGGCCCGUAGACCCCAGGGCUCUUUAGUCACCGCUCCGCGGCACUAUUACGCCCAAAGUCCCGUGAUUGAAGUUCCCCCGGGGCGGUCAAGUUUGAGAUGAUAAAAAAAAAGAGCGUCUGGGCCUCCGCUCUAUAUUGACGGCUCCGGGCACGGUUGACAGUUUUUACCCUGUUC